CUAGGCACUCUUGUUCCAUGUCACCUCGAUUUUGAGUGGGUUUUGAUGUGACCAUUGAUUGAUAAUUGAUAAGUUUAUUUGAUCAAAUUAGCCGAAUGCUGUAUAACUGCAGCAUAAAUAAUUGUUAUAGGUAACAUAAAAUCCAGUUUUCUCCAUUCUAAUCUUAUCAGAUAAUCUAUUAACGAUAAAAUGUAACGAUACGGUAAGGACAAUUUAAAUUGUAAUCCCAUCUUCGUAAUUCACUGUGUUUGUUCUAUUUUCAAAGUUGUUUAUCCACCAAAGAGAAACAAGAUGUCAGGGGGUGGAAACAGAAAGAAGAAUACUCGAUCGCAGGGUUGGGAAGAUGCUGGGUCCGAUUUCUAUCAGGAAAGCUACCCAUUAGAUCCUGAAUUUGAAGUGUUGCAAAAAGACCCCAAGCAUUUGCACACACUUCUGCCCAGUAAACAAACAAGAGCAGCUGUAGCGACAAUACGCAUGCGCACAAAUGACUACCGCUCCAACAAAAGUACCGUCAGGCGCCACACUGCCUCUAGGUCUAGAUCUAGGCGGGAUUCUACCGUACAUCGCAGAACAUCCACCAUAGGCGGCGAUGUGCAGUUGUCCAUGCUACCCGACUUGUCAGAGAUGAAGACCAAUGAGGAGUCUGCCUGGGAAGAAGUCAUGAGACUCAAGGAACUUCCCAUCCCAAUGUCUCAAAAGAAGGAGAUGAAAAACAAAAUUAUGAAUGAGCCCAAUCUGCGACUACAAGGCUAUGAAAAUUUUAAGUGGAAACGGCGGAAACUAUGGUCAUACAUGGAAACACGGGUUCGCGAAUCCUUGCGUAAAAUCGAGCUGUGGAAAGGCUCCUUGAGGCAUAUCGAAGGAAACUUUGGCACUGGUGUUGUCGCAUUUUUCCUUUUCGUCAAAUGGCUUUUCUUCCUCAACUGUGGAAUAUCUUUUUGCAUCUUUCUCUAUCUUACCUUGCCCAGCAUACUUUUGAACUAUGAAAAGGGCUUCAAUUGCACAGAUUCUGACUUAGCCUGCAUUUGCGCAGAUUCUUACUUCAAUUCGAGUCAGACUGAAAACAAUAUUGUACUGGAGGUCAUACAAGGCACUGGCUUCUUGGAACGCACACUUUUAUUUUACGGGUUUUACACAAACACAGUUUUAAGUUACACUGUAGGUAGUGUAGAAAUGUACUAUAACAUUCCUUUAGCUUACAUCCUGGUGAUGCUGGCAUGCUAUUUUAUCUCAAUGGUGAUGAUCUUAAGGUCUGCGGCAAAGGGAUUCAACGAAAGACUGGUAGAGUCAGAAGGGCAGUUUUACUUAUAUUGUAAUUUGGUGUUUGGUGGAUGGGAUUUUUGUAUCGAUAACGAAAAAGCUGCUAGAACGAAGCACAGGGCUAUUUAUAAUGAGAUUAAGGCUGCAUUAGAAACGGAAAAGUUAACCGAAGAAAGACAGGGUCGCACAAGGAAAGAACAAUACAAGAUAUUCUUGGGUAGGUUAGUUGUAAAUAUACUGGUAAUAGUGAUACUGAUCGGCUGCGGAAUUGUGAUAUAUUAUACAUUUGACUUUUCUACUAAACAAAUUGAACAACACUCAACACAGGAAAUAGAGACGAAUGAAAAGAUGUUGCAGUUGCUGUAUGAAUUCUUACCUUCUAUGAUAAUUGUUUCUAUGAACAUUAUCGUACCGUUUACCUUUCGUUUCUUGAUCAGUUUUGAAAAGUAUACGCCUAUCGUUGAAAUUCGUUUUACACUGAUACGGACUGUAUUUUUAAGAUUAGCUUCUUUAGUUGUCUUGUAUGCCUCAUUGUUGGCUAGAAUAACGUGUCAUGAUCCUAAUGAUUACACCUGUACACCCUGCAAAGAUUCGCCUGAAUGCUGGGAAACAUUUGUAGGUCAACAGAUCUUUAAGUUACUUGUCUUCGAUUUUGGUAUGCACGUCAUUUUGACGUUUAUAGUGAAUUUUGUCCGAUCUCUCUUAGCCAAGCAUUUAAACAAUAAGUUCUUUGAGUUUAUUGGUGAACAAACGUUUGAUCUCUCAAAGCACGCUCUGGAUGUUGUUUACACUCAGACGCUGUGUUGGUUCGGAAUGUUCUACGCGCCGCUGCUGUCUUUUCUUGCUGCUGUUAUGUUUUUCUUUCUCUUCUACAUCAAGAAGUUCAAUUGCGUGAUAAAUUGCAAACCAAGCCCUAUGAUCUAUCGCGCAUCUAGAUCUCAUUCAAUGUUUAUGGUAGUUCUUUUGGUCUCGUACCUUUUCGCUUUCUUGCCUAUAGCAUACUCCAUAUAUGAACUGAUGCCAUCCAAAUCUUGUGGACCAUUUAGUGGUGAAAAAACUGUAUGGUCACUAAUGGUAGACCUCUUCAUGAGUUGGCCGGAGUGGAUUCAGAAGUGUGUGUUUUAUCUCAGUACUCCUGGCUUUGUGAUUCCAUUCUUCAUCGUUUUGGUAUUACUGCUGUAUUACUAUUCUGCUAUAAAUUCGGCUAACAGGCAUAUGGUGGUUGUGUUGAAAAACCAACUGGUGCUGGAAGGGCAUGACAAGCAGUUCUUGCUUGACAGACUGAGUUUGUUUAUAAAACAGGAAAAUCAGAAGCGUGCCAGAGCUGAACAGAUGAGGGACAGAGAUAGAGACAGAGAUAGUGAUAGUAGAAACACUUAAUUGGCAUGACUAAGGUAGACCUUUUGGAAAAAAGUUGACUCCCGUCAUUUUUUAUCAUAGCGGUACUCUUACGUAUGCUCAUUCCAAUUUCACUAUAUUGAUAGUUGAUAUAGGUACUUCAUUUUGCAAGAUAGUACAACACGUCAAAAGAGCAAUUCCACCCUUCACGAACUGAAAAUCCGACGACAUUUUCUGUCAUACUGGUUAAAAUUUACAAAAGACACAGCAACAACUUUAUCUCUGAUAGAUUUAGCAUUUUUCUGACCUAGUUUUCAGGAAUCACGAAUUAGUUUAAUUGGAUUUCUUAAUGUGAAGAUUUGUUUAAGUAGUUGUCACAGACUGACAAAAAUGGAAACGCGAAAAUGUGACUGUUAUGAUUAUUCACAUAAUUGAAGGGAUGAGUGAAUGAAGGGGGUAUGUAACAAAAAGUUGAUUUCGAGAUAUUAGGCCUGAAAGUAUUUUUGCUGUUCCUUUUAUGUAAAUUAGUUUAUUCAAGUACUGAGUAUAUAAAACUGUUGUUAUGGGGAGAACAGUUUUUGUAUUGUAAAAAAGUGACAAUGUAUACGGAAAACAAAUAUACAAAAAACAUUUCUGUACAUACCGCCUUCUUCUAUUAAAAAUUUGCAAUAUUUUAACAUAUAUUAUUGCACGGAAAGAGGUAUGUGUACUUAGCCCCUUCUUCCACAACAUUUGACUAGACUUUUCACUUAUUGAAGGAUAGCAUGGCUGGCUGUCACUCGGUUGAGUUAAACUUGUGUAGUGUAGAGGUAAGACCAGAAGGAGGACUUGCAGAUGAACACAUAGAAAUGGAACGAUGCAAAAAAAUAUCAAUGCCUACAUAUACAGGGUGACUUUGAAGUUGAGUCAUUAAUUUUCAGAUAAUGAUUGUAGAAGGAAGAUAAACCAAAAUAUGUGUGUAAAAAUAAAAAAAAAAAUUAAAAAAAAAAUGUUACCUUGUUUUAUAAAGUAUCCUCACGACAAGUAUUUCAGUGCGGACCUGUGCGCCCAAAAGCAUGUCACAAAAACUGUUCGAAAUGAUUUCCGUUUUGCUCGACGCACAGCUGGGCGCGUCUUAGCCAUGUCUCUUUACAAGCACGCAAUAAAAUCACUGGUUGAUUUCUGAUCACUGUACUCAUUUCCUCAAUUCGAGCACGUAAUUCUUCGCGUGUAUUAACCGGUGUUUUAUACACUAGAGUUUUUAGCCAACCCCACAAACAAAAGUCUAAAGGAUUUAAGUCCGGAGACCUUUGCGGCCAAGGUACAAAACCGCCACGGCCGAUCCAACGAUUAUUAAAUUGUCUAUUUAAAAAUUCACGCACAUUUCUUGCAUAAUGGGGUGGUGCCCCAUCUUGUAAAAACCACAUGUUUUGUCUAAUAUUUAAAGGCACAUCUUCCAGUAAACCAGGCAAAUUGUGUUGCAAGAAAUCAAAAUAAUUUUCACCAGUUAAGCGAUUUGGUAAUUCAAAAGGCCCCACUAAAAUUCCAUUAACAAUUCCCGCCCACAGGUUGAUUGGUUCAAAUCGCUGUUGAAAAUUGGUUUCCCUUAUUUCAUGGGGAUUUUCAAUAGCCCAAACGUGAG